AGGCUUGGGAAGCCUUCCGGGAGGCGGUGCCGCUCACCUGGAGCCGCCGGGGAGCUCAGGCGGGAGCGGAGCGCCGCCCCGCAGCGCCGUGCCCGGGCAGGGCGUUUGUGGCUGCUCCGAGCCUCUCUCCCCGCCCCCGUGGCUGCCGCCCGCCCCGCCGGGAUCGCUCCUCUCCGGGCGGCGGCGGAGGUGCCGGCGGGGCGCUCUCGCCGUCCAUCCCGCCGGGAACAUGGCGACAGGCGGCUACCGCGGGGGCAGCAGCACCACGGAUUUUCUAGAGGAGUGGAAAGCCAAGCGGGAGAAGAUGCGGGCGAAGCAAGCGCCGUCGGCUCCGGGAGCUGCAGAACCCAAACCCGUCGGAGCCGCCCCCCCCGCCGAGCUCAACAACAACAACAACAACAACCCGCCCUCCGCGGCGCCCCCCGACCGCGCGGCGCCCCCCGGCGGCGGGGCCGGGAACUGCAGCGCCGCGGGGCGAGCGGCCGAGCCGGGCUCCCCCGGCGCCGAGGAGAAGCCGCCCGCCAAGGGAAAGAGCUCGGGCCCCAGCGCCAGGAAGGGGAAAGGGCAGAUCGAGAAGAGGAAACUGAGAGAGAAGAGGAGGUCGACAGGUGUGGUGAACAUCCCCGCCGCCGAGAGCCUUGAUGAAUAUGAAGAUGAUGAAGCAGGGCAGAAGGAGCGAAAGAAGGAGGAUGCUAUUACCCAACAGAAUACGUUACAAAAUGAGAGUUCCAGUGCAGAUACCCCAGGCUCAUACUUACUACAGGACUCCUCCAGGAUGGUUUCAAGCAGGUAUAAAAGCACAGCUAAUGCACCAGAAGACGAUGCUCCAAAUAGAUACUCCCGAACAGACAGGACAACUUACAGCAGAUACAGCAGAGAUGCAAAUUCUUCUGGCAGUUCUGUACCAAGUAAUGCUUUGGAAAAGAGGAUUGAGGAACUUGAAAGGGAACUUGCAAAGGAGAGACAGGAAAAUGCAAGAUUAAUGAAGAUGACACAGGACAAAGAGGAGCUAAUUGGAAAGCUGAAGGAAGAAAUUGAUUUAUUAAACAGAGACCUAGAUGAUAUAGAAGAUGAAAAUGAACAAUUGAAGCAAGAAAAUAAAACCCUCUUAAAAGUUGUUGGACAGCUGACAAGGUAGAAGAUUCAAGCCUCAAUGAGGAAAGAUUUAAAAACUACUGAUUGAACAUUAAGGUCAAUAUAGAAAUACUUCCUGUGUUGCAAUAUGUUAUAAUAACUGUCUUUAUAUUUAUUGUUAGAAAACCAGAUGAAUGUUUAUUUUCAUAGUACUUUCUUCUUCAUUCAAUGAAAUGGCAUCAAAUCUGGGGUAUAUUUUUAGCUUUUUAGAAUUUUUAGAAUUAUUUUUGACAUAUUUCAAAGUACUAAGUUCAAAGAUAUUUGGGUUUUGUAUCUUCAGAUUACAUCUGGAUAAAUUACAGUAAUUUAAAAUUCAUAGCACCAAGAUCACUUUCAGUCCACAUGGGUGUAUAUUUUUGAAAUGAAUGGAAGCAAUACAUAUAAGCUUUGUUUACACAGAUCCCAAAUAUAUAUUUUGGGGAGUAUUUCCUUUUUUUUUGUUUAUAGACAGCUGUAAAGUGGAUGCCUUAUUACUGAUGUAUAACAUUUUGCAGAUUGAUUACUUGCUCUAGAACUCUUGUAUACUGAGUUUUUUUUACUGUAUCUGAGACUGAUAAUAGUGGAGAGUAGAAUUUUUUUUUUCUGUAUAACAGUAUUCUGGCAGGAGCGGGAGGUUUUAUUAAUAAAAAAGAAACAAAGAAAAUCACCCAAAACCCAAUAAGUCACCUGUGGUAUCAGCAUUAAUGAGUUCUUAGAAUCAUAUUGAAGUUGUGCACUGCAGUUUAUUUUAAAGCUUUUGCUUUAGCAAUGAAAUGAAAGUUGGCUUUCAGACAGUAAGUUUGCUUGCUAUGAUGAGAAUUCAAACAAAGCCUGGAGCUUUCAUUUUAGCAAAGACGCUUUCUCAAUGCUCUUCUACUUAAAGCUGUCAUCUUAAAAUUUGUAGAGAUCAUAACCAAUACGAGUUUUUGAUGUUUGCAUUUUUUAAGCUGAGUGAAAAUUUUUCUGCAUAACAGAGCAGACAGGCAUAGAGGUGAUUCAUGCCCUUUUGAAGCAUCAGAUGGUUUUAAAAAAACUUUAUCCUUGAUUUUAAACUAACAACCAUGUUCACCAUAUUUAAUAAGUGCCUGUUUAGAUGUUACAUUCCAGUUCUGACUGCGUACUGCUUCUUCUAUAACCUGACAGUAGGCAAAAUUUUCAUUUGACAUUAACCACAGGCCUUAGUUAAUGAUUUUCUUCUUAAAAUUAUUAGACUGACACUACAUGUACUUUCUUUCAUCUUAAUACAGCACAUUUUUCAUUCCUAAUAAGAAUAAAUGUAUGUCACUUGAGUCAGGACAUUAGAAAUGAAUAUUUCAGAGUCCAGGCUUUUUUCUUGACAAUUUUGAAAUUUGGUCUCAGAAAGUUGCAUGCAUAUGUUUUUUGUUGCCUUAAAACUUACACACAACUUUGAUAUUUAAUAGUGAUCACCUUUUCAGAUUUGCCAAUUGUUUUAGUAAUGUGUAAUGACUAUAAGAGUUUCUUAAAUUUCAAAUCCGGGUAUUAUUGUUGGGCCUUGGAUUGAUUUGGACAUAGAAUAGGUUGUUCUCCUUUUGUGUAUUCUAUCGAGGGGGAGGAACAUUCCAAAGCUUUGAAGUAUUUUUCAAUACAUUUAUAUUCCAGAAUGCCUUGAUGUUUUUCUUCAUAGUGGAUGAGUUCCCAUGGGACACCAUUUAAAACCUUUUACUUUAAAUGGUAUGGGAGGGUUGUAUAGACCCUCUGAACUAUGAUAUACAGUAAUGAGUAUUGCUUUUAAUAUUAUUCAAACAGUAAGAAUUCCCUUAAUUUAUCAGUUUCAUUUAAUAAAAAUCCAAAGUACUAAAGAAAUUAGUUGACCUGUAUGCCUUCUGAAUAAACAUGAAACUUCUCUGUAGGAACAUCUGAUUUCCUUCUCUGUGUACUAGGUAAGAAAUACACGUACCAAUUUGUGGCAUGGGAUGUCAAAUAUAUUGAAGCAACAUUAAGGCAUUAAUGCAGAAUACACAUAUAAAUACAAAGUUGUAAGUGAGAUAUUUCAUUAACUGUAUUUCACAGACUUUUUAAACCAAAGAAUAACAACAAAGAACAUAACAAGACUUACUUGUCUUCAUAUUACCUCUUCUCGGUUUGCAUAUGUAUUGACUGAAACUCAGCAACAGCAAUGCCAACAUUAGAAUUUUAUAUUUUUUUUUACCUUGGACAUUUAGCUGACAGGACUGUUUUGCAGAAGUACUUCUUAUACCUUAUCUUGAAGAGGUACUGGAAAGGGAAGUUUCCAAGUAUUUGAAACCAGUUAUGCUUCAGGCAGAACAUUUGAACAAAGGAACUAUUGGGAACUCAUAUAAAGUACCUCAGGAUGUGAUUGUUGUUGUAUAUUAUUAUACAAAUGUCAAGCUCUUCAUGGUUUUAAAAAGUCCCACAAAUUGUAUCUUGAAGCAUAAAGCUUCUGCUGACAGUUUGGAAGAUGUAGGUGGCUUUUUGGAAAAAAGUAAUGUCAAUAACAAUUCAUUAUCACUUACAUUAUCAGGCUCUUGGGAGUUUAGUAGAUUCUAGGAAGAAUUAUGUAUUAUGUAGAAUGUUAAUAAUUUGUCUAGUCAUUACUUGCCAUUAACUUUUUCCUUCAGUAGGGUACCCUUAUAGUCAAGCUCGAACAUAGAAUAAGUUUUUGUCCUAGGUAAUUUGAAGGCAUUAAAUUAGCUACCUUACCAGCAAUUCACUAACCCAUGUCUGUGACCUUACCAGUCCAACAGCUUGAUCGCUCUCAGUUGUGUGAUUUGAAAGCAGAGACUGCUGUAAGCGGGAACCCACCUCGCUUGGGAAAGCUAUAUGAUUCCUGAAUAAAUCUGGAUUUUUAAAGUGCCUAUGCUAAAUUAAUUUACUAUGGCUUUUUAAGGGGCAGGUGGUGGUGAAGUUGGUAUGCAUUAUUAAUUGUCUGAGUAAGUCUCUUGGAGAUUUCUGAGCUUCUGUGUCUUAAAAUUUAUACCAAAUGGCUUAAGUCUAGCACCUGUGAUUCUGGGUUACUUGGGUCAUAUAGGAAAUCUCAACAGAACGGUAUUCCAAAUAAGAUGAUUUUGUUUCCAAGAUACUUUAAUAACGUACAGCACAUAAUCCUGUUUUGAUAAUGAAAAAUUAUACUCCUCAUGUGGUCACAUACUGUUGUAUAGAAAACAUACUGCAUUCAGAGCUGAAGGUUAAAGUUGUGCAGAAAUAUUAGGUUGGUACAAAAAUAAUUGCCAUUUUUGUAAUUGUAAACUGUGAUGUUUAUUUUGGAAUGAACUUUUAUUUAACUGUGUUUACGUUGCAUACCAUUUUAAAACAUGAAAUUUGCUCUACUUAUUUAUGCUAAUGGCUUUGUUUAUGAUAAUGGUUUCGUUUCCAGUGUUUAGUCUGUUAUAUUACAUUGUCACAUUCGAGAUAAAAAAAUGGAAUGUAAGUGGUUUUGUUGUAUGAGUUCAAAAGAGGACAAUAAAGCAACAGAAACUGCUAGUAAGGUCAACCAAGCAUUUGGCCACAGGACCAUCAGCGAACGCGCAGGUUGACAUUGGCUUCAAAAAAAUCUCACAAUGGAAACGAGAGCCUUGAAGAUGAGGAGGGUUGCAGAUAUCCUUCUGUGAUAGAUGACAACCAGUUGAGAGGUGCUGUUGAAGAAGGCCCACACAAAACAACUUAAAAGGUUGCAGAAGAACUAAACGUUGACUGUUCAGCAGUUGUUUGAUAUUUGCUCCAAAGUGAAAAAUCAAAAAAGCUUGACAAAUGGCUGCUUUAUGAGCUAAAUAGAACUAAAAAAAAAUUGUCAUUACAAAGUCUGUUCUGUGCUGCUUCUGCAUAACACAAACAAUCUUUUUCUUGAUUGCAUUGUGACAUGUGAUGAAAAAUGGAUUCUGUAUGAUUCUGCACAGUGACUGGACCCAAGUGAAACAUCAAAACAAUUCCCCAAACCAAAGUUGCAUCAAAAGGAGGUUAUGGUCACUGUUUGGUGGUCAGCAAGCGCAAUCAUCCACUGCAACUUCUUGAGUCCUGGUGAAAUCAUCACAGCAGAGAAGUAUUGCCACAAAAUCGACAGAACGCACCAAGAACCGUGGCAUUUACGUCCAAUACUGCUUAAUUGAAAAGGACCAGUUCUUCUCUGUGACAUUGCCAGACCACAUGCCUUGCAAAUGACUUGGCAGAAGCUGUAUGAACUGGGCUACGAAAUCCUACCUCACCCAGCUUACUCAACAGACCUCUCUCCCACCGAUUAACACAUUUUCAAGCAUCUUGACAACUUCCUUCAAGAGAAAAUUUUCCACAACCGAACAGCAACUCAAAACCCCUUUGAAGAAUUCAUCAGUUCCAGAAUUCUUUGCUACCAGAAUAGACAGACUUGUUUCUUGUUGGCAAAAAUUGGUUAUUUCAGUUAAUAAAUUUUAUUCUAAACUGAGAUAUACUGCUUUAAAUCUGAUGGUUUUAAAAAAAAAAAAAAGCAGUUCUUUUUGCACCAACCUAAUAUUUUUAUAUCAUUGAUAAAUCUGCACUAAUGUUUGUGCGAUUUAUUUCCUGAAGAGGAUAUUCAACCAUACGUAAAUAUUGGUGAUUUUUACAAGGAAAUUAAAAAUAUCUAAUUUUUCAUUUUUUAAAAUAAUUAAAUGGCCAUGUUUAAGUUCAGUGUUACUUCAUGUAUCUAUUAACUGAAAGAGUACGUUCUGUAUUUGCAAAUGAGUGGGGUUUUCUGUCUUUAAAAGCAAAAUUGUUCUUGAUUAAUUACCAGAUUUGUAAUUACUCGUUUGGAGGUUAAUUAUUGCUGUGUUAGAUGGACUCUGAAUUUAAGAGGUAGAAUGAGAAAAGGGGGUGACAAGAAAUGUCAAUGAAUUCAAAAGUAGGAAGUAUAACCUAAUGAUCGGGCUUUUAAAUUUGGCUGUUCUGAAAAUAGCUGUGCAAAGAUUUGUGAUUGCCAUAAGCACUACAAAAGAUAGAGGGUGUUUAGUACAUUCAAACCAAAUUAUUAACCUACAUCAAACCUCUUUUCAGCUUGUCUGGUAUUGUUACAACUUGGAAACUUACUACCAUAAGAGAGACCAAAAGGAAUACUGGAGAUCAAAUUACUUUUGAAUGUUUUGCUAGGACAGCUGAGUCCUAGUUUGCUACACUGACUCCAGCAAUUAUAUGAUUUUCUGCAAGUUGUUUGUGGCUAUUUCUAGCUUGGGUUGAAACAAAUCAGUAUUAGUAGCCAAGAGGAAAGAUAUUUAUUGGGCAAUGAAUACAUGACUAGUGACUAUGGAUGUCAUUAACAUAUGACUGAGUGUCGGUAUUUCUGGGGCUCAGAUCCUUUAUGAAAUGUCCAUUGAGUAGGUCCAUUUGCAUCAGUAUUAAAGAUCAUAAACCUCCGACAUUUUUAAUAAGAAACAACUAUUUUAUGUCAAGAAAUUAUCAUUGCAAGCCAUGACUUUAAAACACAGUACAAUUCAAAAAAUUGUGCUGGUACCUGUAGAUGCUGAGACUAAAGAGCGAAGGAUUAUACUUAGAAGUUUUGAUAAAAAUGAAACAAAUACAUUCUGGAUCUUUAAUUUAAUAUAGAGGUUCACUACAAAUCUGUUCCAUGCUAGUGUUUCUAGAAGCGUUUCUGCUUCUUUUAAGUAUUUCUUUUGACUACUUAAAUAUAUCCAGGACAAAAAGGACUUUGUCAUGUAUUUUAGUAGCAUUCAUGAUCUUCCAAGUAUGCUGACUUACUGUAGCAAACCUCCAUCUACCAUUUCUCCUUGUACUAUAGCAGAUGUACAUUGUUAAUUUUGCUUUUUUUCCUGGAUUUCUGGUGUAACUGUUCCUGUUCAGGGCCACUCGUAAUUUUUCUGUUCUGGAAAAUUUGUGGUAGCUGUUUUCCUCUGAAAAUAGUCUCAAUCAUAAUGCGGAGUCAUUUUAAAAAAAAAUAAAAUACAUUUUAUGUGUUUAAAAUGUUGAAGUAUAAUUUAGCUAUAAAUAAGUAAAUAGCCAUUUUAGUUUUGAACAUUGACUAGUUGUGAUAUUUGAUAUCAGAUUAAAAAUGAUACUGAGAUUCUUACUAUUGCAGGUAAAAAAUGUGUUUAAUCUAACGGUGAGGACUGUGUGCCUUUGUCCAAAUAAAAUGAAAUUCUUUUAAAUCAAGGCUGACUACUUAUUAUGUUUAAAGAAGAAUUAAUAUUGUCCAAAUAAAAUUCUAAUUGGAUUUGUCACCCAUACUGGGAAGCUCCCAACCUGAACUGCUUACUUUCAGAUUCAGUUCUUCAAGUGCUCAUGUAUUUGCACACAUGCAGGAGAGAAAUCUGCGUUUUUCCAUUUUACUAAUUUUCUGCUUUGGGAAUGUAGUGCGAAUCCUUCCAUCAAUUACAUGGAAAUGACCUUUUCCAAUACUUCAGUGUCGAAGUAUAGCCCUUUCCAGGAAAAGAUAAUGAAGGAUGUUAGAAUGCUACUUCUACACAAACAAAGGUAAUUGACUUCACAAUGGAUUUAAUCUCUGAAAUGGCUGUAAGGAUACAUGUUCUGUUCUUCUGC